AUGCACAAAACAAUUCUUCUCGUCUUCAUUCAUGGUUUCAAGGGUGACGAUGACACAUUUGGCAAUUUCCCAGAGCACCUUCGAGUUGUAGUCAACAAGGCGCUCCCUUCUGUUACAGUCGUGACGGCUGUGUAUCCCAAGUAUGAGACGAAGGGUGAUCUGAAAGAGUGCGUGGGGAGGUUUAGAGAAUGGCUUCAAAACACUGUCAUUGAUCUGGAAGUUGCCAAUCAUACUCCAUCUCCCACAGUUGACCCAUCUGUUCAUGUUUUCUUAAUCGGGCACUCUAUGGGUGGACUUGUAGCUGCAGAAGCACUAUUACUGCUAGCUUCUGAACAGCCUAUCCCUCACAAUUCGACAUCAGAUGUACAGGAGACUUCGACACAGGAGGACCAAUUGCCUGCAGUGGAACCUGGCACAUUUAUGUUUCCUCAUAUCCAGGGUGUGCUUGCUUUUGAUACCCCAUACUUGGGCAUUGCUCCAGGAGUGGUGUCUUAUGGAGCGGAAGGUCAUUAUCGUAAUGCUACCACGGCCUACAAUACAUUUUCGGAAGUAGCUGGUCUCUUCGGCUAUGGUGGUCAAGGCGAAGCAUCUGGAGGAGCAGCCGCAGCUGCGAAAGAGUCCGCCAAAGCGUUACCAGCCUCAACCGAUGCUGCUGCCGUUCCAUCCUGGCAAAGAUGGGGUCGAUAUGCUAUGUUCGCGGGUGCUGCGGGCGCAGUUGCUGCUGGGGGUGCGGCGGCUCUCUAUACAAAUCGACAAAAUAUUUCUGCGGGAUUUAGCUGGGUUUCAUCUCAUCUGGAGUUUGUGGGCUGCCUCGCGCGAGGCUCGGAUCUACGCCAGCGCCUCGAAAAACUAUCCGAAGUACAACAGGAACGAGGUAUUCAGUCCGUCAACUUCUAUACAUGUCUCGGAAAAGGCGCAUCUUCCCUGGUGGAAAAAUCGGAUCCUGGAAGCACGUCUUUCAGUAAGCAUAUAAUUCGAUCGAACUACAGAACAUUUUGUACCCUUCCACCCGAGAUUGAAAAUGGGCAACAAGGUUCCGCUCCGGGACUCAAGUGGGUCAAAGCCGUUAAUGAUCAAGCUUCGGAUGAAGUGAAGGCACAUAUUACCAUGUUCCUGUCCAAGAAUAACCCAGCCUUCUUUGAUCUUCUUGGCGAUGCUUGCAAGACAUUGGUGGGAUCGGUCGAUCGUGGCUGGUACAAUACCUCCACAGCAUCGGACGAAGGGAACUCCGCCACACCACAACAGAAAAAUCCAGAACCCGACGAUGAUUUUAUGGACGCUGAUGACGUUGUUGUCGUAGACUGA